GUCAUUGCGCGCAUUCUGUGGGCUUGCUGCUCUAUUUUGCGGCGCUGCUCGCCUACUCCGUGCGCGCGGUGAUCGUUUGGUUGGCCGCUCCAAUUGUGGAGACAUUUUCAGUGGUGGAGGCUAAGGAGUUUGGACCACUUGACCUGGAGCUGGCUGUAUCCUGUCCAACCUGCAAUCCGUUUCAAUCUUCGAACUUCACGAGCGGGAUGCAGGAACAGUGGCGUGUCUGGCACGGCUACAAUGCAGUGGACUACCCCCACUGCGCGGAUGCUGCUGAGAAUCGCACGGCGGAUGACAGCCUGUCCAGCGCAAAGCUUUGCUACAGUUCCGACAACAUCGCUGAAGCAUCUGGCAUUGUUGUCUCCCUCUGGAACAUGACCACUGGAGGCGAGGGGAACCGAGCAACCGUCAUCGUCAGAGGCCCUUCUCUGGUGGUCACUACUCCGCUCGAAUGGUGGCACGAAAAAACGCUGCUGCUAGGCUUGAAGGUGACGCGUGAUGCUGAAGACUGUACUUCUGCUGCCGACUGCGAUCUGAAGCGAGAACUUUAUCUUGGCAGUAUGCAGUACGAUGGCCGUGUGCAGGGUUGGCCGGGAGCACGCUUGAAUCUCCGGCUCCUCCGGAUGGCUCAAGUGUAUACACGACUUCCUGGACAGACCAUUUGGGACGUCCUUGGAGCCAUUGGAGGCUGCCGGUCCUCGCGACUGGAUGCGUUACCAUGA